GCGCUGUAAUGUGAAAACACAAAACCCUGGCACGUUAAAUCUUUUAGCCGGCAAGGCAGCACAACAACUGGCCAGCUGGCAACCCUAGCACGCCCCACGCUCAUCCCAUUGCCCGCGGUAGCUUUGAGCUGGGCUCCCAGCCCGUUUGGCUCGGGGAACCCCCAGCUCCGAUUACGGUAACCGGAGUCAGCGCCUGUGUUAUUCAGAGCUAUAAAUAAGGGUCUGGCAGCUUGACAUUUGGAGAGAAAGUGAAAGUGUCGGUUGUUGUGAAGCAGGGGACAGAAGCUGGGACAAUUCCCCCCCAGACGCUUCCCCAAACCUGGCAGAUCCAGACUAACAUGGCUACCCCUCUGAUACUUAAUGAAAGAUGAUGUCACGUGAUGAAACCUCCAGGAAUAUGUCCAACCAAAACCGACAACCCUACUUUGGACAUAGGCUCUGGGACAGAUCUUUGAAGGCCCUUAGGCAUCAGAGCCCAACUGGAAACACCAGUCCCAGGACGGAAGAGCACUUGGGGAUGGAGGGACACGGCCUCUUUGCUGGGACCCUGCGUCCAAAGACAGAGGAGACGAAAAAUUCCUCACACAGACCCAGCAGGCAGCUCCAGGAGCUUGAAUUACAGGUCUAAGGAAUUGCAACAGAGCGUGAGCUGGGCCGUGAGGAACCGGGGAAACCAGAAUGAACUUGGGGCUGAGAAGCUGCGUGAGGCUGAUCUUUCACUUCCUGUGGGGAACCUGGAACAUCCUGGCGCCCUGCAUCCGAACUCAGAUUUGGCCGGUAUUCCUGUCCUUCACCAGGGGUUUGAAGGAUGUGGUCAAGGGGGUCUGGAGACUGCUGUUGAGCCAAACACAUCAGAAAUUGGUGCUGUUACUGCUGCCUACAGCAAUAGGGCUCGCGGUACUUUUCUUUCCCCAUGGGACAGUGAAUUAUGAAGCUGGAGAACCAGAACCGUUAAGUGUCAUCGACCUCCUAAGAGCACAGGGCAGACUGGAAGCCCAGGGGAAAAUGACUGAGGACCUGAGAGCCUGCAUGGACCUCACCCUGCAGGAAUUCAUGAGAGAACCCCCAAGCAUACAGGACAACGCCCAGAUGCUGAUCCAGUGCAGAGGAACCGCGCUGGAAUUUAAAUCCGGAGAUGGGAAACAUGAGAUCUACGUAUAUUACCUCAACGAGGAACCCCGGUAUGACGUGAAAGAGCCAACCAUGGACGUGUAUCUAUCCCGGCUGCGCUCCCACCCGGACCAGCUGAGUGUUGAGAACCUGCUGAAGGUGCAGAACCGGCUGGAGGCCGGGGGAAAGAUGACUGAGGUGCUGAGACAAUGCUUUGAUCUCACCCUGGAGAGAUUCCCCAAGGAGCCGGUGUGCCUGCAGCACAACGCCCGGCUGGUGAUCAGCACCGUGGGAACGAGGAUGGUCUUCCUCUCUGGAAAAGGGGAGAAUGAAAUCAACGUGUAUCCCGACCACACAGGGCUCGUUCAGUACGUGGUCAAAGUGCCAGGAUGGUGGGCCUGGGUAGCCAGGAAUAAGGUGAUCAUAAUUCUUGUUACAAUCCCAGUCUUCAUUUGCCAAAUGAUGAUCUAUCAGAAAAUUAGGCAACGUCCUUAAAAAACACUUAGCUUUAGAACAUUACGUCCACCAACCACUGAGUCCUCCGUCUCCAACCAGACAAAUUUAGUGCUGCCAACUCUUGUGAUUUAAUCACAACUGUCACAAUAGAAGGAGUUUUCCUGCCAUUUAUCAGCGAGCUGAGAAUCUCAGCUUCCCUUCAAAGUACAAAGUAAGUUUCUAGCUCUUACGGUAGCUGAGAAAGCCAUGGGAAUGAGACGACUAGUGGCUCAAUACUUAGAAAUGGAAUAAACAGAAUCCAGCACAAAUACAAAACGGGGAAUGCCUGGCUAGGGGGAAGUAUUUCAGAAAAGGAUCUGGGCGUUAUAGUGGAUCACACAUUGAAUACAAGCCAACGACGUGAUGUAGGUGCAAAAAACCCCUAAUAUUCUGGGGUGUAUUAACAGGAGCGUCCAAUGUAAGACACAGGAGAUCAUAGCCCUGCUGGGCACUGACAAGGUCUCAGCUGGAGUCCUGUGUCCAGUUCUGGGCACCGCACUAAAAGAAAGAUGUGGAUCAACUGGACAGAGUCCAGAGGAGAGCCACAAAAGUGACAGAAGGUUUGGAAAACCUGAGCUAGUGAAGCAAAUGCCAAGAGGUCUGUUGAUUUCAGGAGGUGCUGUAACAGCUCCAAAUGCAUAUCACAAAAACAUAUACACAUUAUUCCCAAGGGCUAGUCAUCUGGCGCCUGUAUGCGACAAAAUUCCUUGCCGUAGAAGCAAUGGCCAGUCGUGCACCAAAAAUCCAACACACCCUCUUCCGUUCUGAGCAUGGUAAUUAUGUAUUGACCAAGCGACAGGUGAUGAUUUGGGGACAUACCUAGUUUCCGUGCAAUCCACAGCUCCACACACGUGUUCCAUUUUCUCUUUCGUACUGUUCCAGCUACUUCGCAUGUACAAUUAAAGGAAAAAAACCUUUACUUGAAAGAAACAAAAGAAACCUAUACUGGGCAGAAAAGCGAAACCUGAAAGAGCAUAAGUGAAAAGGACGGAUUGAUGCUACAAGGAUGUGGAUAUAGAUCGAUAUGAAGAGAAUGUGAGAUGUAGGUAUGAAGACACAAAGAAGCAUAAAUGAAUAAUAUGGAGGGUGCAAUAAAUGAGAGAUAAUGAAAGCCUGAUACAGACAGAGAGGAAGAGAACAGCAGUGAUCAGAUAGAUUGGUGUGGAGACGCUGUGAUAGACUGAUAUGAAAACAGAGUGAAAGAUUAGAUACGUACGGAGAGAGGGACAAUUUAAGAGAUAGAGGGAGUUAGAUAUAUAAAGAUACAAAGAGAGUGUGACAGACAGAGCAGAGCAUAGAUACAUGAGUACAUAUAAGGAUGGUGUAAGUGACCAGGGCGUAGUCGGUCUGGCCUAGUGGUCACAGCUGGGCUGAGGUCUCCCCACCAUGGACAGGAGUCACCAGGGCAGAGGUGGAAGAAUUGCAAGGCCAGGUCCCAUAAACAAGAGUCAGGGUGAGGCCGGCUACCAGGUUAGAAUCCAGGGGGAAGAAUUAGGGUCAAGUCAGGCUGGAGCUAGAGACCAAAGGUCGGGAGAUGAGGCAAAGCCCAGCAGGCCACAAACUGUGCGGUUGCUCAAACCACUUCCUGGGCUUAAUCCUGGCGUUAAGUAGGGGCCCUUGGCCAAUCAGUGACCUGCUGUCACUCUGGGUCUCGUGGGCGGUAUUUCCUGCAGUGCCUACUGUGCACACUGCUCCCUAACUGUGCUGUUACAGGGGCUCCUGAUGGCAGUGUGGGACUAUCAGCCUCCCCAAGCUCUGCAGAUGUGGGUUCUGGUCCCUAAAAAUGGAAGGAACUGGGAAUAGCUGGGUACAUGAGAAUAGCUUAGGUUGUCUCUUUCCUCCAUAAAAAUUAUUCCAGACCAACAUAGGAUGUAAAGCGGAAUAACUACUCUAGAGUAAUUCUGUGUGGGGAUACUUAUUCUGGAAUAAGUCUCGUUUGUGUUUAACUUGUCCACUUUUCAAACUGGAACAGGACACGCUUAUUCCCGAAAGCAUCUGCCUAUGGAGAUAUUCCAGAAUAGGCAAAUUGGAUGCAUAUGUGUGAGGAUGGAUAGAUGGGAGCGGAUGGGUAGAUAGUCAGGCAUGCAUGAAGAUGGAGAGAUUUCUAUAGAGCAUUAACAAACUUAGACAAAGACAAGCCAACGCCUAGUGCACCAAUAACAGAAAGUGGGUGGAUUAUUUUGCUGCUCAUUUUCUGAAUCGUUAAUACUAAUGGUGAGAUUAUAGGCUUUAAGGGAAAUGGCUAAUGAAUCGAACAACACAAUCUUCCCUACUGAUCCCAAUAGCCUGAAUACUGACUCACGAGCAGUCUUACGUGCUUCAGAAAUUCAUCCCGCUUCUCCGCUGUUCGCAGAGUCAAGGAGAUCGGCAAACUGCUUAAAAAUGCAGCUGUUGAUUCUUCGCAAUGUUGCUGGUCUCUGACGCAGAGCCAGCGAGUUAUCACCAAGUACUGGUGGGAUUUGGGAACCACAGUUUGGUAGGAGCUGUCAAUCCAAGCAAGGAAGGAACCAGCCCCCGUCCCCCAAUUAAUAGAAUAAGUGUGACACUUUAAAUGAGGGCUCAGAGAAGAACAAUAACACCCUCGUGCUAGGGGCAGCACCCACCAGCAAACUCCCACCCCACAGCCUGAGAGAAACCAGGAGGCUGUAACAAUGAGACCCUGCUUUCUGGCGGUAUGUUACGGGGAGUGCCUGUCCCCUUCUUAGCUGUGUCUGGUUAGUGAACAGGGCUGUCUGGUCUUAAUGGGCAGCCUUCGCCGUUAUCUGGGGCGGGGUCCUGGAACCAGGACUCCUGGGUUCUAUCUCCAGCUCUAGGAGGGGAGAGGGGUCUAGUGGUUAGAGCCAGGGAGCUGGCCAAGGGAAGCCCUGACCAACCAGAUGGCCUUUCUCUCUCUGUCUGCAACAUAACUUUUGAAAACUGCCUCCGAUCCACUCCCAAAUCCCAGGGAACAUUCUGGGCAUGGAGGGCAGGACCCUGUUGAUUCUGGUGAAAAUCGGAGAAUGGGAAAAGCCUGGAUUUCCACUAAAAUGAGGCCCACGGCACACCCCGCUAGCGGUGCCCGAAGAGGGAGGUCUUUGGCACCCUCUGCUGCUGUCAGCACAAAUCGCUCACUAGAUUUUGUGACCUUUGGGUGGGCUAGCUUGGUGGGGGUUUCAACCUUUUUUCAUUUGCAGACCCCUAAAAAAUCCCAAAUGGAAGUGCAGACCCCUCUGGAAACCUUAGGCAGAGUCUGCUGGCCCCCAGGGAUCUGCGGGCCACAGGUUACCACUAGGUUGGAGCUUACGCUGCCCUUCUCCUUGUCCCUAAAAACGCCUCCCAUGGAAAAGCACCUGGGGACCCAGAAUUCAGUCACUGAGGGUUUUGAGCAAGGAUCACGCAGGGUCGGCCUCCCCGCAUUCAAAUCCAGACAAAGAACAAAAGGAAAGAACUUAAUUCUUAAGUACUAACUUUAUAAAGUCUUGUAAUGAGAAAGAAACAUAAUAAUCACUUAAUUUUUCUACAACGUAAUGUGGCCACUUUAUAAUCCACCUACAUUAUUGUCACUGUUCUACAUGAACGUAAAUAAAGAAACCAAAUUGAAUCUAGCCAGGUCAGUCCCCACAGAAACACAGAGAGAAGAAAUUCAGGGUUCCCAGACCUUAGGUGGAGUUUACCUGAAUCUCCGUCUUUGCUCACCAAAAUCUAUACUCUCGGCUGAGUCAAAAGCAAGGAAACAUCAUCUUCCCUCCUCUUGCUUGUAGAAAUUUCCACCUGGAAUCCAGACAGAGGCUUCCGCAUCCUCUGCGGAAAUCAGUUCACUAGUCAGCCCACCACACAGUUUAAGAAGAUAGAUUCAAAAAGCCUUGUUACUCGAAAAAUGCAAAACCGAGGCCAGCAAAAUCUCGACGACUGUUUCCCCCUCAUCACGCUGAACGAAGAGACGAGUUCGUGACUCAAACUGGCUCAUAGGAUUUCGCUAACAUAGUUUGCUAUUUCACAACAUUCAAAGCAUCAAAUUAAAAUAAGAGAAAUGAA